CAUGAAUGUGAUGUGUUCACUGAUCUGGACCUCCAUCACGCUAUCAUCGGUACCAGCCUGUAUGUGAAGCUGUUGCUGUACACCAGAGCUAAUCUGAUCUGUGGUCAGGAGCUGUCCCACCACAACCUGUCAGCCCAGCCCCUGUUCAACGUCACCAAACCCACCACCUUUGUCAUUCAUGGCUACCGUCCUUCGGGCUCUCCGCCCAACUGGCUCCAUGACAUCACACAGAAGCUGCUGGCCCGCGGAGACAUGAACGUCCUGUUGGUGGACUGGAACCGUGGAGCUGCCAAUGUCAACUACCUGAAAGUUGUGGCCUACACACGCGAUACAGCAGACAACCUCACUGCAUUCAUCACAAAUAUGCAGGUAAGAGUGGGUGCUUAGUCUGAAUACUGUAUCUCACAUACUUAUUUAGGGCCAAAUGUAUAAAUAUGUAAUAACAGUGUAAUAUCUCUUUUGCCUAUUUUAGGAGAAUGGUGCCUUUCUUAGUUCCAUCCAUAUGAUUGGAAUCAGUCUUGGAGCUCACAUCUCAGGCUUUGUUGGAGCCAAAUUCAAAGGCAAAAUUGGGAGGAUCACAGGUUAGAAUCAAUGGAAUAGAUUUUCUGUUUGUUCUUCCCGCUUUUAUUUUAGAUACUGCAAGCUAACACAUUUAUCCUACAAAACACAUUUAUCCUACAAAUGUACUGAUCUGAUGUUGACCUGAUCAGCUCUAGAUCCAGCGGGGCCUCUGUUCACUGGGAAACCCCCAGAGGACCGUCUGGACCCCACAGAUGCACAGUUUGUGGACGUUGUGCACACAGACAUUGACGGUAUGUAUGCGUCCCUGCUUGCAUGUUUGGCUUUCACUGAAUACCAAGGGAAUCAUGUAUUAUUGUGUUUCCUGUUGUGUAUGUGUAUCUUAAUGUGUUCAUUUUGUAUUACCAGCAUUGGGGUUCAGGAAGCCUUUGGGCCACAUUGAUUUCUAUCCUAAUGGUGGAGCCGACCAGCCUGGCUGUCCAAAGACCAUCUUCUCAGGUAAGUCUCUUGAUAAGACAGACAUAACAAUCAAACUGGUUAGCCAGAGAGAUCAUUCAACAAUUCCAUUUGCACAAGAUGCCGUCCUUCAAAUGAGACAUAGGACAUGUGUAUCACAUAGUUCAUUCCUGUGAUGGUAAACAUAUUAAUGAUGUCCUCUCCCCUUCCUACUCUACCAGGGUCCGGCUAUUUUAAGUGUGACCACCAGAGAUCAGUGUACCUCUAUCUGGGCUCCAUCACCCAGACCUGUAUCAUCAGUGCCUUCCCAUGCUCUUCCUACACCGAAUUCCUGGAUGGACACUGCAUGGACUGUGAUCAAUUCAAACCUGCCGGAUGCCCAGUCUUUGGUUGGUACUCUCUAACUCCCAUUAGAUUAAUGAGUUCUCCAUUAGAUUCAAGCUUUUUUAAUCACAUAUGUAAUCACAAAAAGUUUCCAGACUCGCUAAAAUCAGUGCCUUGAUUAAGCUAAUGUACAUUCAUGAAUCACACAUAGUUAUUUCACGUGAUGGCCAAUCCAUCUUUGGAAGGCAGUGUCCCUUUACACAGACAUAACAUGGCUGUUUUAUCUGUUGUUCCAGGAUAUGAUAGCAUUGAGUGGAAGGACACUCUGGUGCCUUUGAAGCAAACCAAUGCUUUCUUCACCACCAAUAAACAGACUCCAUUCUGCAGUAAGUGGAUAAUCAUCGGCUUACAUACACAUUUGACUUCUAUAAAGAGACUUUCUGGGAAUACUGCUUUGCCCAGUCUGCUUUCUUCUUCUAACCACUUAUUUUCGAUGAUCAGGCAAAAUGUACAGGACUAACUAGAAAUCACAUUUUUCUCUCUCUCUCUCUCUCUCUCUUUUCUCUCUCUAAGGGACAAACUAUAGGGUGGACAUUGUAACAUGGAACCAUGAUACUCGCUGGGGCUACAUCUCCAUCAAACUACACAAUGGUAGUGAGGUGGCAGAGGCAACAAUAAACCAGUAAGUUACUAUUUUCUCACCAUAUCAUUCUCAAAACGACACAUACUUGUGAAUGUUUACACACUCUGGGGGAAGUAAUUAACAUCUCAUUCUCUCUCCUUCUUCAGUAAAGCAUCCAAGUUUGAGAAGUACUCAGAGACCAGAUUAUUGGCCCAGUUUGAUAAAGACAUACAGAAAGUCCACAAGAUCUCAAUAAAAUUCUCUACAGGGAAUGCAUUACAAUUUAAGCACAAACUACGAGUGCUCCGCAUCCGUCUUGUACACCUGGAGCGUAAAGACAGGUCAGUGUUCAUUUGCACCCUCUUAUCUAGGGCUUCUCUCACGUGUCACCCAUUUACUGUAAGUACUAUGCCUUCACAAAGUAUUUAUACCCCUUGACUUAUUCCACAUUUUGUUGUGUUACAGCCUGAAUUCAAAAUGAAUGAAAUUGUUUAUUUUUCUCUCAGUGAAAACAUGUUUUUAGAAAUGUUUGCAAAUUUAUUGAAAAUGAAGUAAUCUCAUUUAUGUACAUAUAGUGAGGGAAAAAAGUAUUUGAUACCCUCUCAAUCAGAAAGAUUUCUGGCUCCCAGGUGUCUUUUAUACAGGUAACGAGCUGAGAUUAGGAGCACACUCUUAAAGGGAGUGCUCCUAAUCUCAGUUUGUUACCUGUAUAAAAGACACCUGUCCACAGAAGCAAUCAAUCAAUCAGAUUCCAAACUCUCCACCAUGGCCAAGACCAAAGAGCUCUCCAGGGAUGUCAGGGACAAGAUUAUAGACCUACACAAGGCUGGAAUGGGCUACAAGACCAUCGCCAAGCAGCUUGGUGAGAAGGCGACAACAGUUGGUGCGAUUAUUCGCAAAUGGAAGAAACACAAAUGACCUCACCUCGUGGAGUUGCAAUGAUCAUGAGAAUGGUGAGGAAUCAGCCCAGAACUACACGGGAGGAUCUUGUCAAUGAUCUCAAGGCAGCUGGUACCAUAGUCACCAAGAAAACAAUUGGUAACACACUACGCCGUGAAGGACUGAAAUCCUGCAGCGCCCGCAAUGUCCCCCUGCUCAAGAAAGCACAUAUACAGGCCCUUCUGAAGUUUGCCAAUGAACAUCUGAAUGAUUCAGAGGAGAACUGGGUGUUGUGGUCAGAUGAGACCAAAAUCGAGCUCUUUGGCAUCAACUCAACUCGCUGUGUUUGGAGGAGGCGGAAUGCUGCCUAUGACCCCAAGAACACCAUCCCCACCGUCAAACAUGGAGGUGGAAACAUUAUGCUUUGGGGGUGUUUUUCUACUAAGGGGACAGGACAACUUCACAGCAUCAAAGGGACGAUGGACAGGACCUUGUACCAUCAAAUCUUGGGUGAGAACCUCCUUCCCUCAGCCAGGGCAUUGAAAAUUGGUCGUGGAUGGGUAUUCCAGCAUGACAAUGACCCAAAACACACAGCCAAGGCAACAAAGGCGUGUCUCAAGAAGAGGCACAUUAAGGUCCUGGAGUGGGCUAGCCAGUCUCCAGACCUUAACCCCAUAGAAAAUCUGUGGAGGGAGCUGAAGUUUCGAGUUGCCAAACGUCAGCCUUGAAACCUUAAUGACUUGGAGAAGAUCUGCAAAGAGGAGUGGGACAAAAUCCCUCCUGAGAUGUGUGCAAACCUGGUGGCCAACUACAAGAAAUGUCUGACCUCUGUGAUUGCCAACAAGGGUUUUGCCACCAAGUACUAAGUCAUGUUUUGCAGAGGGGUCAAAUACUUAUUUCCCUCAUUUAAAAUGCAAAUCAAUUUAUAACAUUUUUGACAUGCGUUUUUCUGGAUUUUUGUUGUUGUUAUUCUGUCUCUGUGUUCAAAUAAACCUACCAUUAAAAUUAUAGACUGAUCAUGUCUUUGUCAGUGGGCAAACGUACAAAAUCAGCAGGGGAUCAAAUACUUUUUUCCCUCACUGUAACUAUUAACACCUCUGAGUCAAUACUUUGUAGAAGCAUCCAUUCCCUGAGCAGUUUCUUUCCUCUCCGGCAACUGAGUUAGGAAGGAUACCUGUAUCUUUUUAGUGACUGGGUUUAUUGAUACACCAUCCAAAAUGUAAUUAAUAACUUCACCAUGCUCAAAGGGAUAUUCAAUAUCUGCAUUUGUAUUACAUUUUUAUCCAUCUACCAAUAGGUUCCCAUUCUUUGCGAGGCAUUGGAAAACCUCCCUAGUGUUUGUGGUUGAAUCUGUUUUGAAAUUCACUGCUCGACUGAGGGACCUUACAGAUGUGUGGUGUAUAGAGAUGAGUUAGCUGUUCAAAAAUCAUGUUAAACACUUAUUGCACACGUAGUGAGUCCAAACUAUUAUUCCUAAACUUAUUUAGGCUUGCCAUAACAAAGGGGUUGAAUACAUAUUGGCUCAAGACAUUUCAGCGUUUAAUUUUUUAUUAAUUUGUAAAAUGUUCGAAAAACAUAAUUCCGCUUUGACAUUAUGGGGUAUUGUGUGUAGGCUAGUUACAAAAAAUCUCAAUGUAAUCUAUUUAAUUCAGUUUGUAACACAACAAAAUGUAGAAAAAGUCAAGGGGUAUAUACUUUCUGAAGGCAUCUUUACUUGUACUUUGCCCUUUCAUGUGACUUUUAGUGUGUCAAGUCACUGUUUCCUUGUGUAAUUUUGCAUGAAAGUUUCACCUCUUAUCAAACAUCUCUUACCCUUUUACUAAAUUAUCAAUGUCACCCUCUAACACACACAGGCCUCUCUGCCGCUAUGAUGUCAUCCUGGAGGAGAACAGAGAGGUGACCUUCAGACCCAUCCCCUGUGAGGAGUCCAACUUC